CUGGUCCCACCAAUCAGAAUCCCAGCCCCUUUUUUUUUUUUAAUCCUUUUUGGCUCCUCCGGGCUCCUGUAGUCAGACCGUCGCUGAAAGCAAAGCAUCGGUUUAAAGCCAGUUCCGUCACGAACAGGUGAAAGUACUCUUCAGCAACUUUAAUUUUCCACUUCAGCUAUGACAUCGUCUGCCAUGAUCACCGUCCCCACCACGGCCUCCCGUUUCGCCCUGCUCCAGAUUGACUCGGAUUCGGACUCCGACACAUCCGAGCCGGGGAAGACUGGCACCAAAGGCGGACGGGACUCCUCCGGGAAGCCCCGGCAAGGGAAGGCAGGAGCAUCCGGGGGGAAAGCGGCUCAGGCCAACGACAAGAAGAAAGACAAGAAGAAGAAGAGGAAGGAGCAGCAGCAGAGUGAAGCGAACGAGUUACGUAAUCUGGCGUUCAAGAAGAUUCCUCAGAAGUCCUCUGGCCCGCCUCCAUGUAUGACACUGUCAGGAAUCGCCAGCGAGCUCCUCAGCACUGAAUCCGGCGACCACACUAUACCCUCAGGUGGAUGGCAGCAGUGGAAGCAGAGGGAUGAGCAGAUAACCACUGAACUUUAUGAGGCAGACUUGGAAAAGGCUUUGAUUCUCAGUAAACUGGAAUACGAACAACACAAACAGGACAACACAAACACGUCCUCGCCAAAGUCACGGGGAGGAAAAGAGAGCGGAGGGAAGAAGGACAAAAAGAAAAAUCAGCAGGCAAAAGAGAAAAAGACAGUUUCUCUGCAGGACUUCCAGGCUGAAGGCACUGCAGAACAUCCAAGUAAGAAAGAGGACGCCAAAGCAGCUAACCUGGCUCUAGGAAACGGGCAGGAUGAGAGAUUUUUUAAUAAACUGGAAGAUGACGUCAGUCGGAUUAUCCAACAGGAAAAAAGACGCGAGCAAUACACUAGCAAUCAGGGACAAGAAGUCAACACAUCCACAGAACACGAACCGGACCCCCGGGCAGAGCAGCUGAAGUACGACCUGGAGAAGAAAGACCAGGAAAUCGAUAAGCUAAAAAAGACAAUCUCACAGUGGGAGGUGAAAUACAAAGAAGUGAAGGCAAGAAAUUCCCAGCUGCUUAAAAUGCUCCAGCAGGGAGAGAUGAAAGAUAAAGCAGAAAUCCUUCUACAGGUAGAGGAGCUACUACACAUAAAAGAAGAACUGUCAUCACAGGUAUCAUUACUGCACGGCGCCCUCGAGCAAGAAAGAUCUAAAAUCAAAGGUCUGCAGUCAGAACAACCGAAACAUCAGGGAAACAAAAAGGGGAGAAAAGGAGCCGAAAUGGAUCUAUGAAGGCUCCAAAAGAAAAGACCUGAAUAAUAAAAUCAAACAGAUGAACAAAUGAAGAAAAACAUUGCUGAUCAUAAUAAGAGUUCUGUAAUAAUUUUGGUUGUUUUUUUUUUUUUAGCUUGAACUCUGUGUCAGCAUAUAAUGCAUGCCCCCUUAUUUACAAACACACUCCAGGAUGUAUUACACAGCUGAACAAGAAUUAAAGAAUCUUUUAAAAGUGACUUAAGUUUUUAAAGGUUGUGCUGAAAUGGUGGCUUUGCACCUACAGUGCUUCCCUCUGCAGGUGUGAGACUGCCAUUACAUAUCGAGUGUUGUUGAAAGCUGUGUGCCUGACCUUUGUUUGGGUUUCAAUGCCAACAUGACAGAUGGUAAGUUUAUGUUUUUAUUUGUGUUUUUUUCUCACUGUUAAGUAAAUAAAAUACUUUUUCAGUGAAAAAAA